AUGAGUACCACAACGGCGCUGCCUCGCCAGCCCGCCAUGAGACGCAAUGUCACGGCCGAUUCCGCUCCCUCGACGAGCAGGAACAGCAAUGCCAGCACUCCCAACGAUUCCCCCACCGCCUCCGCCUCGUCAACCUCUCUCUCGUCCAUGGGAUCCGUCGAGGAAUACCAGCACAAGCCAUCGUCGGGCAAGCUGUUCGACACCUACGGCAAUGAAUUCACCUUGCCCRAAUACACCAUGAAGGAUAUCCGCGAGGCCAUCCCCAAGCACUGCUUCGAACGGUCGGCAGCGACGGGAUUGUACUACGUGGCCAGGGAUAUCGUGCUGUUGAGCACCACUUUUUACCUCUUCAACACCUUUUGCACCCCGGAAUACGUUCCUUCAUACCCGUUGAGGGCAAGUCUCUGGGCACUCUACACCGUUCUGCAAGGUCUCUUCGGCACGGGAUUGUGGGUGUUGGCGCAUGAAUGUGGCCACCAAUCCUUCUCCCSCAGCAAGACGCUCAACGACACGGUCGGAUGGAUCUGCCAUUCCGCUCUGCUCGUGCCCUACUUUUCGUGGAAAAUCUCCCACGGCAAGCACCACAAAGCGACGGGAAAUUUGGAACGCGACAUGGUCUUUGUGCCUCGCACGCGUGAGGAGCACUCGACCCGCACAGGUGCUCUCCUUCAUGAAAUGCACGAGUUGAUGGAGGAGACGCCCAUCUACACGGCCGGCCACCUCAUCGCCCAGCAGUUGUUUGGAUGGCCCAUGUACCUCCUCCAGAACGUCACAGGCCACAACAACCACUCCAAGCAGCCCGAAGGCAAGGGAGUUGGUAAGAAGAACGGGAAUGGAAGCGUCAAUCACUUCAUCCCCAGCAGCCCGCUGUAUGAGAAAAAGGACGAGCACCUCAUCCUGCUGUCGGAUCUUGGUCUCGCCAUCACCGCUGGAGUCCUCUUCCUCGUCGGCAACAAGUACGGCUUUUCCAACCUGCUCGUCUGGUACUUCCUCCCCUACCUGUGGGUGAACCACUGGCUCGUCGCCAUCACCUUCCUCCAACACACCGAUCCCUCCCUCCCUCACUACACCGGUGAUGCGUGGAAUUUCGCCCGUGGCGCCGCCGCCACCAUUGACCGUGAAUUCGGCUUCAUCGGUCGCAACCUCUUGCACGGCAUCAUUGAGACCCACGUUCUCCACCACUACGUCUCCACCAUCCCCUUUUACCACGCCGAUGAAGCGACCGAGGCCAUCAAGCCCAUCAUGGGCCAGCACUACCGCGCCGACGUCAAGGAUGGCAGCAUCGGUUUCCUCAAAGCUAUUUGGACCAGUGCGAGAUGGUGUCAGUGGGUCGAGCCGAUCCCCGGUACCCAGGGUGAUGAGGCCAAGGUCAUGUUCUUCCGCAACAGGAACGGCCUGGGUGUUCCUCCUGCUAAGCUUGAGGCCAAGCUGGACGGCGUCAAGCGGGACCGUAAAAUGGUGACGGUGGAAGAUGACAGUGAUUGA